GUUCAUUUAAGGUACGCGUGUUUCGCGGAGAUUCACUCAAUCGGUUCCUCGAUCUUUGACUCACUUGUGGACCAAAUCGCCGCCGAAACCGAAGCCGAACUCCACGGCUCGCCCGCCCAGCACUCAAAGUCACAGAACAGUUCCCAUAACGGCAACGGCUCAGGCGGUGGACACUAUUACCCUCAGCAACAGCCGUCACCACAGCGGCCACAGUCCGGCGGUGACAGCGGCGGACAUAACGCUAAUAAUGCCAAUCAUUUUUACUAUUCAUUUGACAAUCCAUUGAAUAGCGAACAGCAGAGGAAUAACUUUUUGUUUAGUCACCAAAAACAGAAUCCAAAUCAAAAUAGUUAUCAGAAUCUAAAUAAUAGUAGUAAUGGUAAUCAGAAUCCAAAUUCUUAUCACAAUCCGAAUAAUAACAGUAAUAGUAAUCAGAAUCCGAAUUCCUAUCAAAAUUUAAGUAAUUUCAGUUCAAAUCCCAAUUCGUACCACAAUUUCGGUAAUAAUCCGCAUAAUUACCAGAAUGUCAACAAUAGUUAUCACAAUUUGAACAACAGUUACGGGAGUCAACAGUUUAACGCCAAUUACGGCGACUAUCAGCACAAUUCGCCGCAAAACAUGCGAAACUCACAGCACUUUGACGUCGGCUCCGGCGGUCAUCCGAACCACAGAAACUCACAGCACUUUGAGGCCAGUUAUGGUCAAAACCCCAACGCAUUCAACGCACAGGGCGUUAAUGCGGCCAAUAAUUAUCCCACGAAUCACAUGAACAACCAAAACAGCACUUCGGCAGCCGUCUGGUCCAACACGUCGUCUUCUAUGUCCAACAGUAGUCAAGUGUCGGGCACGUCAUCGCCAGCGCCACCAUUAGGUCCGGCGCCGACACCACCGUUUGGCGGCAGUUUUGGUGGCAGCGGACAAGACAUGAGUCAGUCGAGAGAUCGGCUCAACGAAUCGCCCGCUGUUUUUGCCGAAUUGGAUCCGUUGGGAAUGGACAGGCCAUUCGUGGACAGGUCACAGUUCUUUGCCGAACACAAACAGCCGAAGCCAUCUCUUCGGGAUCUAAACCAGGAUUUGCCGACAAAUAAUCCGAGUUAUGGCACAGAUAUGUCGCCGAUCUGUAGGCAAACCACAAACGAUCAAAUGACUAUAAACAUGUCGUCCGUUCCUCAACGACAGCAAACGCCAUACUCUUCCGCUCCGAACGCCAACCCCUUCGGCGCCUCCUCUGCCUCUUCCAUAUCCAACGACUCCAACUCUAGCCGUCUGUCUCCCAAUCCAUUCAACCCGUUCUUCGCCGCCAACACUACCCGAGCUCUAAACACCGGCCAAACACCGCCACCGAUUCCUCAAACCCCACCACCGGCUCUGACGCCACCGCCGCCCCCGCGGCCGCCCUCUCGCGACUGCCCACCGGUUCCGCCGCGCAAUGACCUCGUGAUGUCGAGGUCGGCGCCCGGCCAGUGGUCUAUGGGGGCGGCGGCCCCGGUAUACGCCGGACCGGCGCCCCAACUCAUGCCAAAGCCUCCGACGCCAGACUUGGCGCCACCGCUUCCCCGCCGACGAACAAUACUUCCGGAGCACAGAUACCAGUGCUUCGAGACGACGACGAAUCGUCAAUCGUAUGAUCCGUUUUCUGGCAACUUCUCGACGACUAAUAGCUUUACCGCCGCCAAUAAUACUAAUACCAUAAACACUGACCACUCAUCGGCGCCUCCAUUGCCUAAUCCGCAGCGCAAAGUGACGCCGGCGUUGAUGUCGUCCCAAUCGGCGCCUUCGUCUACGCCUCCGACCUCUUCGUACUCGCCGUCGACGGCCACCGGACGGCCGCAACCGAUGGCCCGAAGGCUGUCGGCCAAUAAAAACUACGAUCCGUUUGGCACUGCUUUUGUUGAGCCGCAACUGUCAGCGGCUGCCAUGAGGUUAUCGUCUACUUCUUCUUCUUCGGUGUCUAAUCAACAGUUCCAGUCUUCGGUGGCCAACAGUGUGUUCGGCAACUCUGGGUUCAGUGAUGUUCAUUCGGUGUCGUCGUCCACGCAGUCAACGCCCAAACAGUGGACAGAAUCGGUGCCAAACAUCAGACAACAGGACUUGAAGUUGUCUGAAAUAAACUCGCGAUACGAAUGGAUGAACGAAACGGUGGAUGAGAUGACGCCCAGCACUGACUGCUCGACCGACAACCCUCUGAAGGGCUGUUUUGUCGCUGACUUCAAUUCGGUGUUCUCGUCGCCGUCCGACCGCUCGUCUCCGGCCACCACUGCUGGCACUGGCGGUGCGUUUGGCUUCGCGGCCGUCGAUCCCUUCAAACCGUGCAAACCGUCGAAACUGGAUCUGAAUGUACGGCCAAACAGUGAGCCGCCGAUAGCGAUGAGCGCCAGUGGUUUCGGCGGCUUUGACGAAGACUUUUGUCCCAAAUUCUCGGCGCCUAAACAUUGUGUCAGUGAUAGCGAUAAUAAGGCGUCCGUACGGCCGGCGUCUGCCGCCGCGGGACCAGCCGUUACCGUCGGACAGGACGAGGUGUCGCCUCCCGAGCGUAAUAUAUUUAUUGUCAAAUCGGAUCCGUUCGCCGACGAGUUCUUUGCGUAG